CCCCGCCCCCGCCUCCCGUGAGGCGCCGCGCGCUCGCGAGAGGUGGCCCGGCGGGAGGCGGGAGCGGCUGUUGGCGUUACCGUUGCCGUUACCGUUGCCGUUACCGUUACCGGUGCCGUUACCGGGCGCAGCUCCGCCAUGGACGGCGUCAGGGCGCGGCGCGAGGCCAGGCGCAGCGGGAGGCGCAGCCUCGGGGACCGGCUUCGGGGCGGGCCCGGCCCCGGGAAGGACAACGCCGCCGCCAGAAGGGCCCCGCCGAGGCAGCGGCCGGCCGCCUUCCCCGACCCGGACAGCGACACGCCGCGGGCCCUGCUCCGGAGGGUCAUCCAGAACCAGCCACAAGUCUCACCUCUAGCACCUCUGAUAGCUGAACACAAAGAAACAGAAGAUGCCAAAUCAGAGCCCCCAUCCCGGAGGACUUCCAGCAUGGGGGAACUGCAACUGCCAGACCUUGUUCCUGAGGAUACAUCUAUUGCUACAUUCCGUAUGACUAGGAGUAGAAAGAAACUCAGCAUUUCUGAAUUUGAGAGAGCAGCAGACAAGCGACUUCCUCAGAACCAAGCCCAUUCAACGCUGGACAGCACUUUGGCUCGAUCUCUUCACAUGUCACUUGGUUCCGUGCUUGCACCAGACACUGUUGAAAAGAGAGGCUUAUUCCGGAGGCCAAAGAAUCGCAAAGCUAUUGACAUUGCAGCUUUCGAAGGUGGAGUGGAACAGAACAUGCAGAGAAAAGCACAGAACUAUCUUGUGGACUUGCAAACGGCAUCCAUGAUUGAAGCAGCCACGCUGACAAGCGAUGCAGAAAUCAUGCUGAAUAACACAGAGCUUUUUGUUCAGCCUCAGUCUGGUGAACAGAACCAAAAGGAACUUCCUGCUCUUGAACCACAGCUGUCAGAAGCAGAAACCCCAGUGCAGAGAAGCAAGAUUUCUAAUGCAACGCAGGAGGAAGGAAAGCUUGUGGGCUGGGUAUCCAGUGUGGGCACAGAAGAGGGAAGGACCCGAAGGUACUCCGAGGAAGAAUUAAUAAAUGAUUGUGAACAUGUUGACAGCAUGACUCAUGUACCUCAGAAAACAUCUGCGAACCAGGGAGAAGAUGAGCAAGGUCAUUCCCAGCAGAGUGAGCCAAUGGAACAGCUUUCUGAUUCAGAAGAGGUGGCUGGCACUGUUAAUAGGUGGAGCUCCUCUUUGCCAUCCAGAAGUUCAAGUAGAUCCCCAGUCAUUCUAAAGCCUAGGAGAUCUUUCAGCAUGUCUUUGAGAGAAGUUGUGUCCCGUAUAAUUGAAGAACUAGAUGUAAGCGAUAAAGAAGAAGAGAUGGCUAAUGCAGUGAAUGAAGUAGAACAGGAAGAGAUUUCCAGAGAGGCUACGGACCAUCAUACGAAUGCUGGAUAUUCUGAACAUUUAGAGAAGAAACUGACAAAAAAAGCAGAAUCACAGAUAAUUGUGACUCCAGAAGAAGGGGGAGUAGCGGAAGGCAGUGUUAAACACCAAGACUCUCCCAAGGCUGAACCAGAGAUGGCCACAAGUGUUAGAGCCAGAAGCCUGAGCAGCCAUUCUCGUGCUUUUUCCUCCUUUGAAAAAUCUGGGACAAAGCCAUUAAAAGAAGCUGUUGAGCAAGCAGAUGAGCUAGAAGACAGAGCUGCCAUGGGAGAACUGAAUGGUUCCGAAGAAGAAUCUACUGAGGAUGAAGCUGAAACAGAAGGCCAGGAGAGUAAAGAGGGUUCCAUGAAGACACCCAUGUUUGUCCGUGUCGCAGCCUACAGUCCACUUCCCUUGCUGUCAACUCCACGUCCUGCAAAACCUGCUGCUCCGGAGUCUCCCCUGCAGCCACGGCGGGCUAAGCCUGUCCCAAAGAGCUCAGGAACGUCACAGAAGAAAAAGCGUGAGCCAGCACUAGCAAGCAGUUACAUAAAGCAGAUAUUUAGGCAUUAUGCGAAAAUGCCAGUGGCCAGAGAUGCCUACAAAAUUGUUGAAAAAUGUUGUGAGAAAUACUUCAAGCAGCUAAGCGAUGAUCUGGAAGCUUACGCCCACCAUGCAGGGAGGAAGACAGUGGAGAUGGCUGACCUGGAACUCCUUAUGAGAAGACAAGGGCUGGUGACCGACAAGAUGCCAUUGCAUGUGCUGAUAGAGCGUUACCUCCCUCUGGAGUAUAGGAAGCUACUGAUUCCGGUUGCUGUGAGUGGAAAUAAAGUGAUCCCCAGCAAAUCAACGUGCCUCUCUGGCAGGUGGUGAGCCCUGUGGGUGGGAACACAACCUACUGGAAGAACAUAGCUUUAGGUUGUUCCAUGUAACUGCUCAACGUGAUGGUUUUCCACAAGGAACUACUGGGGCAAUAAACAGUUGACAUUGUCUUGAACUUACUGACAUCGUGCUGUGGCUAUCAUGCCAGCCCACUGGAUCUCACCAAUUAUUAUUAAAAGUAAUUUGACUAUCCUUUAGUUUUAUAUCUUAUGUUUGAGUACUAAAUAAAUAAAACAUGGUAUGUA